UUUUUAUCAUUUCAGCCCAUUGAUCAGGCAUUAAACUAUCUGCCUAUAUCAAUUUUCUUUCAGUUUUAUCCAAGGUAAACUAUUUCAGAAAAAGAACAUUACUUCUAUGCAUCCCAUAAUUAAGUAUUCGCUACUGAUAUUAUAAUUACAUUAAAUUAAUUUACUAUUUUAGGCACUUAAAAAUUGAGACUUAUAUAUGAAUUCUAACUAAAAUUCGAGUAAUACGAUGAAUCAUUCUCAUCACCUAGGAGAUGAAUAAUAAACAAGAAUUACAAUCGAUCUCGAUUGUUGACUGUUCGUCCUGACUUUUCUGAGAACAGCUUUCUUCGGUUUCCUUCCUGUAAAUAUUUAAUAAAAAUUUGUUUGACAUUAUGUCCGAUUUGACCAAAGAUUUAUUAACGCAAUACUACGGGAUCGGCUCCGGAACCAGUGGUAAAAAACUCCUGUCGAUCCAUCAGAGCGUUGAAAACGUGAAGAAUGAAGAGGAGAGACAAGUUACUGAUCAAACUUCCUCACUCGCGAAUGAAGAAAAUGUAUCCGACGUGGAAUCUCAGAAGGAAAAUGAAGAUAAUCGAAAAUUUAGUACUGCCAGCGAGUCGUAUUCAUUACCUCAGCGAAUUGUAGACAGUAUAGAAAACGUAUAUGACACUGAUGAAGUUUUCGAUCUGUUUGAGAUUGAUUUUGGACCAAAUAUAAUGUGUAAUGACAUUGGGAAUGGCCCACCUCAAAAUACGCCGCACGAUGGAUUACCAAACCAUGUUACAUCGGAUUAUAUCAAAGCUGACGCCGAAGACUCAGGCAAUUAAUAAUACUAGAUUAAUUUUAUUACUUAAAAAAAAUUUAAGUACUUUAUAAAACUGCAAUAAGAUAUUUUUUAAUUUCCUUAAUACAUUAGAGAAAGUUCUGUUUAAUUUUUCACUACAGAGAUUGAAACAAGCGAUCGGGGAGAUUCAAACGAAAAUGAUUUAACUCUGUCAUACGUCGAAGAUCAUCGGGGACAUUCGGGCAACGUUGCGGAAGUUUAUUCCGCAAAAUUAAAAUCGCCGACAUCACCGGAAGAUAAUCCAAAUUCGCCAGCGUCGAUACAGAAAAGGGAACCCGUCUACAACGAGGCAUUUGUAGACUUUUCUAACACAGACUUAAAUCAGUUUCCCUGUGAAAUAUUGUACAACUUUUCACAAUUAAGGGUAUCUUACUUUGUCAAGUAAUUGCACAAAAGAUAUUAACAGACAUCUGUACAAGUGUUUCCUACUUAAUUCUAACAUUUGAGCUCAUUGUUAGAUGCUGUACCUGUCGAACAAUAAUUUGAUCGAAGUCCCCGAAGAAAUAUUCACUGCUUUAAAAUAUUUAGAAUGGUUCGAUGUCAGAAAUAAUCAACUUACUUGUCUGCCAACGAGUAUUAAACGACAUAUGUGUUUAGAAACGAUUUUGCUCCAAGGAAAUAAAAUGGAAUAUCUCCCAUUGGAACUUUGCACGUUGGCAAAUCUGAAAACUCUUCAAGUAGCGGAGAAUCCACUUAUCGUACCACCAAAGCACAUCGUCGCUUCCGGUUGCGCGGCUAUACUGGAAUUUUUGCGAACCGAAUGGAAUAAUGCACACCCCGAAGAAAAGGUGGAACCCAAAGAAAACAAAAUUGAACCGAAAUUGUCGACGAUUUUGUGCUACCAGUCUCCUCGAAUGCAUAAAAAGAAGAUUGCACCAUUAAACGAUGCUGUUUAUGACAAAAAUGUGUCUACAAGAGAAAAGCGCAUAUCCUACAAACCCAGUAACAGAUGCGAAAAUGCAGGUGCAAACGUUCCAAUGGAACAGCGUUUAUUAUGGUAUGCCAAAUUAAAAGAAUUGCUCGCUAAACAAACAUCAAAACUCCAGAAGAUGAAAGAUGAAGAUGUCUUAAAAGAAUGGAGAAGAGAUAGAAGAAGUUAUAGUAAAGCUAUUGAGAAGGCGAUGAAGAGAAAUGAGGAUGACAUUCCGUUUGGAAUCGACGUUGAGGACUAUGCAUCUAUAUUUGAACAAAAUUCUAAGCCGAAAAAGCUGGGACCAAGCAAGAGAGGAAAACACGAAUUUAUAACACCAGCGGACGUUAACAAAAAGAUCAACGAGCUACUAGAAUCUUUAAAUAAACUUGAAACAAAGAUAACAGACGAUACACCUAGAACCAAACAGAAUUUGUUUAGAAAUGAAAUAGGAAAGUUACUGGAACUACAAAGUGAAAUUCAGAAUUUACGAAAGUAUGAUUACUGAACAAUGAUAUUCAUGUGUUGCCGAGACGUUAAACAGAUCUG